GUGACGCGAUCAUCUCUCUUAUCCCUCAACUUUGCCUGUUGCCAGAGCAGGCAGCCGAGCCGGACGCUGCUGACACUCUGAACGCGAUCUCACCAAAACAACCCCUCAUCUCUCACACAUUUCUUUUAUUUAUUCCUCCGCUGACUUUUCCCAAAGGCUGAUAUUCCGGCAUUAUGAUUUUGAGUUUUUCUUCCCACCGGACUCCCCGAUGUUGUGCCGUUUACUACACGAAGGCGUGAAUCUUUCUGAGGAGAGGUGGAUCUUCCCGGAUACGGCGCGGGGGUAUAUCAAAUAAAAAAGAAGACUUUCACGGAAAUCCCCACAAAUAAAAAUGCCGAGGAGGAAACAAGAAGCGCCCAAGCGCGCAGCAGCCUAUUCUCCCGAGGACCUGAUAGAGCCCACUGUGGAGGAAGAGGAGGCUGAGGCAGAUGACCUGCCCUCGUCCCCCCAGGAUGACCUCCCAAUGAGAGAUGAGUUUGAGGAGCAAAGCGCGGGGCCUGCCAAAGAAAAGGCAUGUGAUCAGGAAUCAGCCGGGGCUGCAGAGCUCUCUGGUCAGGAGAUGGACAGUGAGUCACAUGUGAGCGAGACCAGUGACCGACUCUCAGACUUCGAGAGCCCCUCCAGUAAAGCCGAGGGCGUUUCGGUCACAGCCCCUCUGAAUGGUGGCACUAAAACACCUCCCAUAGGCAUGGACACCUUAGAACAAAUGAAGGCCAUCUACUCCAGCUUCCUGAGCAGCCCUUUGUGGUCUCCACUGAACUUUAACUCCACACAGCCACAGGUGCAAUCAUCAGCUCCUGCAGAGAAGCCCGCUCGCAGCAACAGCACCAGCAGUAGCAGCAGCUGCAGCAGUGGUAGCUACGACUGGCACCAGUCUGCAGUGGCAAAGUCAUUACAACAGCACCCUCCCCAGAGCCGUCACACGGCUCACUCUGAGCCCAGCCUCUUCAGUACGGUCCAGCUCCACAGGCAAAACCCCAAACUGUUUGGCUCAAUCUUCACGGGGGCCAGUAAGUUCCGCUGUAAGGGCUGCAGUGCUGCCUACGACACGCUGGUGGAGCUGACCGUUCACAUGAAUGAUACAGGCCACUACCGCGAUGACAACCAUGACAGGGCGGGCAGUGGUGGGAAGCGCUGGUCCAAACCCCGGAAGAGGUCCCUGUUAGAGAUGGAAGGGAAGGAGGACGCCCAGAAAGUUUUAAAGUGCAUGUACUGCGGCCACUCGUUUGAAUCCCUGCAGGACCUCAGUGUCCACAUGAUCAAGACCAAACAUUACCAGAAAGUGCCUCUGAAGGAGCCGAUGGCCCCCCUGGCAGCCAAAAUCCUGUCCUCUAAGAAAAGAGGGCUGGUGGGUUUAGACCUUACUGGUUCACCACGGUCUGGAGAAGGAACCCCCAAAGCUAAGCACCCACCGGCUGACCUGACUGAAUCCUCACAGAAAGCUUCCUCCAGCCCUUACACCACUCAAAACAGCCGCUACGGACACCAGAACGGGGCCAGCUAUGCUUGGCAGUUUGAGUCCAACAAAUUUCAGAUCCUAAAGUGCAUGGAGUGUGGCAGCUCCCAUAACACACUGCAGGAGCUGAGAACCCACAUGAUGGUGACAGGACAUUUCCUGAGGGUCACCAGCUCUGUGGGAAAGAGAGUCAAAACACUUCCUGAGGCCACGUCCCCCAACCCUGGACGAGUUACCACACCCACUGAACAGAGGGUCCAGUCAGUCCCCCUGGCACCCUCCACCUUCUCUCCUCCACCUCUUCAAACUACCCCAACUCCCCCAGCUGCCUCUCCUCCACUUAAAGAGAUCAAAAAGGAGGAGGUGGAGGAGGAGUGCACUCAGAGGGAGGCGGUUGGAAAUGAGAGGCCAGUUGCAGCUUCAGUCGGGAAGGAGGAGGAUGCUGAUGAGAAGUUUGAUGUCUCAAUGUAUAACUAUCUGACUGAAGAGGACCUGAAGGAGAGCCCCAAAGGGGGCUUUGAUAUCCUCAAAUCACUGGAAAACACUGUGACAUCAGCCAUCAACAAGGCACAGAGUGGGAAUCCAAGCUGGGGGGGCUACCCAAGCAUCCAUGCAGCCUACCAGUUCCCCAGUGCCCUCAAGCUCCAGCAGGGCGGCUUGGAAAAGAAUUCCCCUCUGAAGUUCUUGUUCAAUGGAGGAGACAUAACAUUGUCCUCCCUCUCGAAGGACCAGCCCCUAAUUUCCCCUCCGCUCAGUCAGUCCUCCCCCUUCCCAAGCAACAACUUCCAAGCUAUGGAGGACUUGGUGAAAAAAGUGACUGAGAAAGUAGCAAAAGUGGAGCAAAGGGUGAAGCAGAUGUCUCCGAAGAUGGAGAACCAUCUCUCACCAUGCAGCAGUGAGGCUGGAGAAUCGUUUAAGGGAGGAGAGGCUGACUCACCUCGGGAAUGGAGGGCUGUAACCCCAGCCAAUAGCGACAAGGGAAGCCAUAGCGACAGAGCAUCCCCAGCAACAGAGCCCAAGAGAGAGGCAGCAGUCAAGUCCCCUCUCGCCUCCACGCUGAGAUGCAGUACUGCCAUUAUUACUGGCCAUACUCCUCCAGAGCAGCCCUUUGUCAACCCUCUAAGUGCUCUUCAGUCAGUAAUGAACAUUCAUUUGGGGAAAGCAGCCAAGCCCUCCUUGCCAAACCAAGAUCCCCUGAGUUUGCUCUCCAGGCUCAGCCACAGCAUGGCAGAGAGGGCUGCUGUGGCCGCCCCUCCCUCACAGACCAAAAAGCAGGAUAGUGUGGUCGAUAACAGUUUCUGUCAGCCCAGCGAUGACCAGCCUAUGGACCUAACAAAAGGGAAAAGUGAUAGAGGAGGCUCCGUUGGCUCUGCACCUCUAACGCCUUCAUCCACAGCCUCUUCCAUCUCCCCUUCCUCCCUCAUCACUCCUGCUAAGCUAACAGUGGUCUCGCCUUACACGUCCAGCAGCCCUCUACAUGAAAACGCGCUGUCAGAUAUCUCAGACAUGCUGAGGAACCUGACUCAGUCCCAUCAUGUCCCAAAGCCCACCUCCAGGUCCCGGGUCUCAGAGAAAGUCGAGAUUGUGGGCUCGGCUCACGAUGACGAAGAGGCUUCUCUGCAUGGUCACAAACGCAAAGGGCGUCACUCCAACUGGAACCCGCAGCACCUCCUCCUCCUACAGGCCCAGUUCGCCUCUAGUCUGAGGCAGACAUCAGAGGGGAAGUACAUCAUCCACGACCUCAGCCCACAGGAAAGGAUGCACGUGUCCCGUUUUACAGGCCUCUCUAUGACCACCAUCAGCCACUGGCUGGCCAACGUAAAGUACCAGCUGAGGAGAACAGGCAGAACCAAGUUCCUCAAGAACCUGGACUCUGGUCAACCUAUAUUCUUCUGCAGUGACUGUGCCUCACAGAUCCGAACCCCGGCAGCAUACGUAUGCCACCUGGAGGCCCACCUCGGCUUCAGAAUCAGGGACCUGGCCAAGCUGUCCCCUAAACAGACUGUCAGGGACUCCCACACUCUCACUGAGAAACUUGCGCCCCAGGAGUCCUUCCUUUCUGCACAAUCACAAGACGACUGCAGCAGUAACGGGGCGGUGUUCCGCUGCCAGCUCUGCGUCCGUAAAUUCGCCACUAAGCACGCCAUCAAGCUUCACCUCAGCAAGAGCCAUGGAAAGUCUCCAGAGGACCAUCUGCUGUAUGUGUGCGAACUAGAGAAACACUAAAUCGCUCUCAGCAGCAGAUGUACUGGAAAACACAUGUAGGGACGGCUGUCACAAACAAAAAACAUGAGAGAGAGAAUAUUAUUAGAACGUGUGGUUGUGCACAAAGAUGCCAUGAACUACUGUCACAAAGUCAGCACAAGGUGUUUACAUCUAUUGGGCCUAUAACAUUUCUGAUUUCUCUGUAUUUCAAAGACAUUUAUUUCCCAUCAGAAAAUAGUGUAGGUCAAAGAUAUUCAGCCCGACUUGUUGUCAGCUCUGUCGUCCCCCUCACUUUGUUUACUCCUGGUGACGUGAGACAGCAGAGGACAGAUUAUAUCACCAUCACGGUGAAUCUCUUGACAAGAAGGUCAGCUUAUAACUUGAAAUGUAUUAACUUUAUUGUAUUUAUUUUGUAUUUCUGUGCGUUUGGUUUUGAUUUGCUGGUAGACUGCAUGUUCAACGAGUUUUACUGUUACAUCUGUACAGCUCAGUCCUGUCCUGUCCCCACUUUAAGACGCCCUCUUCAGACGAUCGUGUCCAAACACCCUGAAACAGCCAAAUGCCUGACAGAGCUCCUCACACAAUCUGCCAAACAGCAAAGGUUCAGCGCUUGUUUUUGUAGUUUUCUCUGUACAGCCUGAUGAUUUCCUUGCUGAUUGUAAAAGCUGCCUUGUUCUUGAUCAUGGAGUGAGGGGCAUUUGAAUCCAGGUCUGUGUAAAAAUGUAAAUAUAGUGUAUAAGCUUACUACGUUCUGUUUAAAUUAUGCAUACUUGUUAUAUUUCCUAAUUUAAGAGGACUAUGACUAUCCACUGGUGCAGAGCCUUUGAAGAAGAUUAAAAGGACAUUGUUUUGCACAAUAGUUUUAUAAAUGUUAUUUGAUAAAAAAAAAUCAAUACAAAUAUGUUAAUGCCUUGUGCUUCUAUGAUUAAAUUGAAUUAACUGCUGCAUAAA